CUUCCGCGGGGCGAAUGUGGCCCUCUUGCAACGUUAAAGUUCGCGAUUUCUGGGCCGGUACUUCCGUCACUCUGAGACGGUGUUUGAAGGUGGGGGCUACUAUGGCAAAGAGCAAAUUCGAGUACGUGCGGAACUUCGAGGCUGACGACACCUGCCUGGCCCACUGCUGGGUGGUGGUGCGGCUGGACGGCAGGAAUUUCCAUCGGUUUGCUGAGAAACACAACUUUGCAAAACCUAAUGACAGCCGUGCUCUCCACCUAAUGACCAAAUGUGCCCAGACUGUAAUGAAAGAACUGGAGGAUAUUGUGAUUGCAUAUGGACAGAGUGAUGAGUACAGCUUUGUGUUCAAGCGGAAAAGCAAUUGGUUUAAAAGAAGAGCGAGUAAGUUCAUGACUCACGUGGCUUCCCAGUUCGCCUCCAGCUAUGUGUUUUAUUGGCGAGAUUACUUUGAGGACCAGCCCCUUCUGUAUCCCCCAGGCUUUGACGGAAGAGUCAUAGUGUAUCCUAGCAACCAGACCUUAAAGGACUACCUCAGUUGGCGGCAAGCAGAUUGUCACAUCAAUAAUCUGUAUAAUACAGUUUUCUGGGCACUUGUACAACAGUCUGGACUAACACCAGUACAAGCCCAAGAGAGAUUACAGGGAACUCUUGCAGCAGACAAGAAUGAGAUUUUGUUUUCCGAAUUCAACAUCAACUACAAUAAUGAGCCUCUGAUGUAUAGGAAAGGGACUGUGUUGAUAUGGCAAAAGGUGGGUGAAGUCACAACAAAAGAAGUUACACUGCCAGCAGAAAUGGAAGGAAAAAAGAUGGCAGUGACCCGAACCAGGACAAAGCCGGUGCCUUUAUAUUGCGAUAUAAUCGGGGAUGCUUUUUGGAAGGAACAUCCAGAGAUCCUAGAUGAAGACAGCUGAUGCUUUGCUUUUUAUCCCUGGCAUGCUUAACCAUGCAAAACCCCCUAAGUCUCCUGGCCUUAGGUGCCCUGGGAUCCCUACUACCAAGAACAGUGUGCCAAUAGUGACACAUGACUGGUUCGAAAGGGAACAGGGAAAGAAGGGAUGGAUAGGGGUGGUUAUCUUGUUCUGCUUUAAGAAGAACUUUUUUUUUUACAAUGUUGGAACAUGGUUCCUUCUGUAGAAGUGCAUUUUUUUUUUAAUCGUGGUGCUAUUUUUAUAAAGCAAGAACUAUUUUAUGCCUUGCAGAAUGAAUCAUUUUUAGAUUGUGGCAUAAGUCUUAUAAAAACUUGUCAAGCUUUUUCCACCUAUGAUAGAACAUGAAUCCAAACUUUACUCUCAACCACCUGUUCUUAACUACAAAAUCCACUAACCUUGAAAAUCUCACCUUUCCUACCCGUGUACUUUGACCUGGAGAUAAAUAAUAGGUUGGUGGCUGCACAAAGCCUCUGAAUUCAGGAAUUCCAGGGAGAAUCCGGGUUUUGUGCUAGUUUCCAAGUUGGCAUCUUUGGCUGAACAAAUUUGUAGUUUGGAAGUCCUUGUGUAAACAUUCCAUAGAUUGAUUUUGUGGAGUUGUCAGCAUGAUCAUUGUCUCACCAAGGGUAUUUUCAAGGCCACUUACCUCUUUCUAAAAAGAAAGAGAAUUAUGUGUAUAUGAGAAAAAGAAAGUGUGAGGAUGAAUGAAUAAUGAGGAAAAAACAUUGAUUCCGUGUCCUCUAAAUACUUGUUUUAAAAGGUACCUUCCUGCUGGACUUCCUGAAAAGGAUUCUCAGGUAGCCUCUAUGUAAUCAGAACACUGACAUUUGAAUUAGCAGAGUGGUCAACACUCCCCUUGGGGUCACAACUGGCAGGUGUCCUGGACACCUAAUAGUUCCACCUGCUGAUGGGCCAGUGUAGAUGGGGGAGGAGCAGCAGAGAAUGGCAGCAGUAAUGGCACAUUGCCAAGUUGCUGGCCUCUGAAGCCAGGGGUCCCCCCUCUGAAGUGAGGAUAGGUGGUGAGAGAACUCACGUUGCCUGUUGUCCUCGUUUCAUAUUUCAGAGGAAGAUUAUUUGGCUCUAUUAAGAAUUAUUUAAGGGGCGCAUGGAUAGCUCAGUCAGUUAAGCAUCUGCCUUCAGCUCAGGUCAUGAUCUCAAGGUCCUGGGAUCGAGUCCCGAGUCAGGCUCCCUGCUCAGCGGGGAACCUGCUUCUUCCUCUCUGCCUCCUGCUCUCCCUGCUUGUGCUCUCUCUCUGACAAAUAAAAUCUUUAAAAAAAAGAACUAAUUGAGCGGCAGCCUACACUUUAGUGCCUGGCCUUGCAUUACAGAAUUUACAGCCACAAAGAAAAUGUAUUUUUGAAGGCAACGGCUGGUCUCCUCCUUCACUAAUUGAUACCUCAUCUGUCAGAAUCAUUUUUUUCCCUUCCUGUUCUUACUACACAGGAAGAGAGAAUUUGGUACUUGUUUGGUAAUUGAUAAAAUCUCUGGGAAAGAAAAAAGGUUUCAACACCCUUUGCGUAGUUUUUCAUUUAUUUUUCUCAUACAAAUACAGUAUAUGAAUCCAACUUUUAUAUAUAUGUGUCUUUACAUAAGCCAGGAUAAAUGUACCUUCAUCACAGCAGUGAUUCACAGACUUCUGCAUACAAAAAUGUACUUGGAAUGCUUGUUUUAAGUGCUAUUCCAGCCUCCACCUCUCCCCCUGUGAAGAUCUGAGGUUUGCUAAUCGGAUUUUUAACCAAAAAGGCUUCUGCUGCCUAUGGUGGGUGAUACAUGGCACUUUGGGCAUCAUGGCCCUCAGUAUACUACGAUAGGCCACAUGAGGCAAUAAGGUAAUGUAGCUCCUGACUGGCCAGUGUAACAUAAUGGUAAGUAAAUGGAUAGCAUUAUAUGUCAAAAUUUAUAUAAAUUAUAUCUAUAUAGGUAUCAAUUAUAUAGAUAAAUUUAAACAUAGGCAUUAAAGUACAGACUUUCAGGACAAAACCACCCAAAGAAAUGUGCUUCCUGUGGGUGCUGUAAUACUACCAAGGCUCAAUUUUGUCAUAAGAUAGGGGGACGAACACUUAGUCAUUGAACUAGCAGCAGUUUGCAGCUUUGUUUAUUGUUUGGGCAGAAGUUUUGAGCAAAGCAAUAGAUGUUUAAUAGUCCUACCAUAACUAAACCCGUAGUGCUCUUAGGAACCCCUUUUGAUGGCUUUUCUUUGUUGCAGCAUGUGUUUCCAGUGUUUCACAGUUGUGUAUUAAUUUUCGUCUUGCUUUCUAAGGUAGAGAAUAGCAUUUUCUUGGGCUUUCCAAAGCUUAAAGAAGUGUCAAAACAAGAAAGAGCUAGUAUAGAAUUAACACUAGUUGAUAGUUUGGGAGAGUGGUGGCAAGGAAGGUGAUUUGUAUGACUUGUAGGUAACUGGAAACAUCUUGGCUGUGCUGGAUUGGGGGUAAUAUCUGGCCUUCUGUAUAGACUUUCAUUUUAAUAUCAAAAAGCAAAAAUGUUUUGCUGAAGAUGCUGUGUUCAUGCUAAAAAAUAAGUGGUACAACCAGGUCUUGUAAAUCUUCAUCAUCCUGGCUUCCAAGAGCUGUUUUCCUAGUUUCCUCCACUUGCCUAAGCAGUGCUCGGAAAAUCAGUGAUACAGUGAAUUUUCUUUAAUACUAAGGUCGUUGUGGUAUUAAUGCAAAUUACUUUUUGCAUAGGGUGUCGGAAAUGGAGGACUGGGAUCCAACCAUCCUUCAUUGUCUACUUAACCAAUACUAGCUAACAUAGUUUCAUUGUCUACUUAACCAAUACUAACUAGCUAAUAGAGCAUUUAUAUGCUCUCUAUGCAGUAUCUCUUCAUUCUUAGGAGAAUUCUGUAGGUUAGGUAGUAUUUCUAUCACAUUUCAGGUGAUAAUGUAAAGACCCAAAGAAGCGAAAUAAUUUGAGCCCAGGUAGACUAACCCCCAGUGAGACUCGCAUGAAAGCAGAUUGGGACUGCCCUCUUCCAG